AUGUGUAAUGUAUUGGUUCCAAAGUGGCUUUGUUCUAUUUUUUCUUUUCUUUCGGCCAAUGAUAGGUGUCAUUAGAGAUUGCACAUGCAUUGAAAUCUUAACUAAUUAGAUGAGGAGUACUAGUGGGUUGGAACCAUUUUACUCCAAAUCAUUUUCCAUGAAAUUUCCUACUGAUUCAUCUCACAUCCCACCAUGCUACAAAAUUAGUUAAGAAAGGUGAGUUCCUUUCAUGGAGCUUUGACAUUUGGCCAAUAAAAUUGGCGUAAAAUUUAGUUUACCAUUGAGGUUCUACUUAAGGAAAAUAUAGUAAAACUUGUUGUAAAUAUUUUUAAUGAUUUUCUAUAGUAUUAUCUUUAAAUUUAGAAUAUUUAUUUAUAACUAGAGUAGGCAUGUAGAAUAAAUUGCCAAAUAUUCAUCACAUUAUUAUUAUAAGAUCGACUAUUCAUUGGUUGUGCGAUGGGACUAGACCACUUCUAAAGUAGUAAAGUAUUUCAGAAUUAAAACUCAUAAAAUAUUUGGAAUAGAAUUAAAGAAAAAAGAUCAAAGGUCAUAGGAAUAGCUGAAAAAUGUCAAAUAAUUAAUAUCCAAUUAAUUCAACCAUUAGUUCGUGAUCUACAUACAUGUUAAAAUCCAAUAGAUCUAGUCAAAAGUGGAUAUCUAAAAAACUUGUCCAGCCCCUUUGUAUAAAGGAUGUUAGAAGAGGUUUGAGCAGAAAUAUUAGAGAUAGAGAGAGAUAGAAAGAGAUAAAGAGAUAGAGAGUUCAAAAUAGGAAAAAACCUUUUUUUCUCUAAUAAUAGAUAUUGGGUUCCAAUGUCUCUUGACUUAUAGACUUGAUUAGAGUUAUUUUCCCCUCCAUUUACUACUAUAUUUCAUCCCUCAUUUAAGUAAAUAUUCUUGGCUUUUAAUGGUUAUGAGAGGUGUUGUAACCUCUCAUUACAACAUUAAAUCUGUUACUUUGUAGAUAUUAUUAUCCCAUGCUCUUUUCACUAUAAUACAAAGUCAUAACAUUUAAGUACACUGACCCAACAACAUGUACCAUUCACUAUAAUAUUAAUAAAUUGGGCCCAUGACAUUUAUGUUUUGUGUUGACUAUUCUCAUCUUUUAUAUAAAGCUUUGAUAUGAGACUAGGUGUUGUUGACAGUAUCUUCAUCUUUUUCAUGAUCUUCAAGCACUGUCACAUGUUCUUUAAUUCUCAUGACAAGAUUCUGAAUCAAGGCAUACAACUUAUAUUUACAAAAUUAAAUUUAUGCUGUGCAUUUUGUAGGUAAACAUGUUGUACUGAUCAUAGGUAGGUGCUAGCCAAAGGCCAUCUUUAUCUAAUUGGGUGCCUUCUCCCCCCUUUUGUUUUCUUUUUUGCAUAGCCUUUGCCUUUGCCAAUCUAAACAUGUAGGUCAUCUAUGUUUGGACAAGACACUUGGGACUGUCUCCUGUAAGGGUAAAAGUUUGAACAAGACCUCAAACUGUUGGGCCAAGUUCUUUAAUGGAUGAUUACUUUCUAAGUGCCCUUUCUCUCUGAGAUCACCCAUUUCAAUUCAUUCAGGCUGCAUCUUCGUCAUUUAUGGUUGCAAUCGUGGUUGUGGUUCUCUAGGUCAUUCGAAACUCCAGCAAAGUAGAGAAGACAUGUCGUAAGGUGGAGCAAUUCCGCAAACUAUAGGAGUACUAAGCCCACCAGCUAUAGCUACGGUGAUAUUAUGAAGAUAAUAAAGAGAUUUAGGCAUAAGUUAAGCCAAGGAGGAUUUGGGAGCGUGUAUCGAGGAGAGCUUCCCAACGGAGUCCCAAUUGUAGUAAAGAUGCUUCACAAGUAUCUGGGGGACAUGAAUUUAUCAACGAAAUGGCCACGACUAGCAGGAUUUAUCACGCCAAUAUUGUUAAGCUUUUGGGUUUUUACUUGGAGGGCUUAAGAAGAGCACGUAUUUAUGAGUUCAUGCCAAAUUAGUCGCUGGAGAAGUUGAUCUUUUCAAAGGAUGAAACAAAUUGUAAGUCUUUGACCUUUAAAGAGCUGGAAGAAAUCACUAUCUGGUUACCUGCACCAAGGUUGCAACAAACGCAUCCUUCACUUUGAUAUCAAGGCUCACAAUAUCCUUUUGGGUCCCCAUUUAAACCCAAAAAUUUCAGAUUUUGGGCUUACCAAACUAUGUUCAAAGGAUUACAGCAGGGUGACCGUGACAAUGGUCAAAGGAACGAUGGGCUACAUUGCACUAGAAAUGUACUCCAUAAACUUUGGUACAGUCUCGUAUAAAUCAGAUUAGACUCCAUACUUGGAAAUGAUAAGUGGGAGGAAGACCAUAGACCCAAGUAUGGAGACAAAUAGCCAAGUCCAUGUUCCUGAACAGAUUUACGGUCAUCUAGUUAGGGACGAGGAGCUUCCAUCCAUCUUGGGCUUCAAGGGGGAUCAAGAGAUUGCCAGGAAGCUCACUAUUGUGGGCCUUUGGUGUAUAUGGUGGAAACCCAAUGAUCGACCUUCGAUGAUGACAAUCGUCCAAAUGCUCCCAGUAAGCUCUCAAAGCAUUUGGAUUCCACCAACUCCUUUCGUCUCCUUCUGUGCUCUAGGAGACAUUACAAACUUGUCACAAGGGAACUUGUAA